AUGAAAUACCGGGCUCUUUUUCUUGCCUUUUUGGCACUGAGUUUUACUCUGGUCAAGCCCGCGGCCGUCGAUGAUGACUUGGAGGGCAGUGCACACAUGGAGAACCCAGAUGACGAAGAUUUUGAGGUCCGUUCCUAUUUUUGCUAGAUGUAAACAUCAAACAUUAUUUCUAAAGUUUUAUGAAUACCAUUUCAACUCGUAUUUUAAUAAUAAGUAAAGUAAAAAAAUUAUUUAGGAGACGUCUGGUGUACCCGCAAAAAACGAGGAUAGGACAAAACUGGAGGAAGCAAAAAAAGUUAAUCCACCUAAUUCUGCCGUGGAUAAGCCCGCUCCAACACCCCCUCCGGCUGUUUUCGUUGCCGAGACCGACAAAACAAGUACCUCAACCUUCAGUCUGGACACAACGUCAAUAGCCAUCUUGAUUGGGACCAUUAUUUUGGUGGUCCUGGUGAUUGCAGUCAUCGUCGUUUGUUGUCGAAAAAAGUCAAGUAAGCGUUUUGAAAUUAAACCCAAAAUAUCGCAGAAAAUAAUCUAAGGAAACAUAAAUUUAGAUCGCGAAUACACCCGAGGCAGCCCCAGCACGAAGGCGUAUGUUUAG